CAUGAGCAGGGUGAGAUAUUCAGAGUCCCGGGCAGCGCGGCGCAGGCCACUCGAUAAAGCGGAGGAGGAGACGGCGGUCCGUGCGGUUUGAGCUCAGGAUCUCAGGAGGGGAACAUGUGAGCAGGGAAUGGGUGACUGGAAACAGGAUUAUUGCUUUACACAGCAGAGAGACGCAGGAGGGACCCGGGACAGGUAACUGCACUCACAGUGAUUUACUGCAGCAGGAAUGGAGCCGCGUUACUGAGACUCAGGACAGGGAUGAUGUAGAGGACAAACACGUCUACAACUUUGAAUGAACUGGACCGAGUUUGCAUGGCUCUUUAUUCUCACUUGUAACCCCAUAUAGAAAGCUAAAUACAAUAAACGUGACACAGGUUGUAACUUAAAUAUUACUAGUAAUACUACUAAUAGUAGUAGUAAUAUCGCUUAGGUGUUUUAUUUCAGUGCUGUUGCUGCGCGGAAUUUGCGCCAGGUUAAUGAUGAAAGCUCAAAGGUGCUUCUCUUGUCAGGACACAUUCAGUAUUCGACUAGAAGUUACAAAUUGAGGGUGAAAGUAGGAAAAAAUAAAAAUGUCACAUUUUUGUGAAGGCUGUAGGUUUGUUUGUAUUAAAAAGGGAGGAGGAGUGGAAGCACCAAACAAAAUAAACCAUUCACGAGUUCUUGACGCGCGACCACAGAGCAGAGGACGAUACUUGGAGGUGAAUUCCACUUGAACACAUUUUACAAACUCAAAUUUAGUGUUUAGUAGUAAAUCUUGCAGUACCACUUCCCUGCUGUCUCCUGCAAAUAAAGUGGAAGUGCAUUAAAUUGAAGAGAGUGGAAUCUUGUCACGUAGAAAAAUCAGAUAAAGAGUUAGUAAGUUUAUUGCAGCGCUGCAUUAACGAGUCACAUAACAUUUAUUUACUUGUCUCAUAACUGAUCUGCUGUCUGCAUGCAUUAUUCACAGUUUUAUUUAUGUCAAUUUCCUCACGCAUACCUUUGCACAUCAAUGGAUAUUUGUGCAUAAUGAGUCUGCACAAGUGCUUCUGUUGUUUUGUUUGUAAAGCAGCUGAUGCAUCAAAGCUUCGCUGUUAGGUACGAUCUGCUUUAAUCAGAUUGAUCAGCUUUUUAAAUGAAGUGUAAAUAAAUGAGCAAGCACAUUUAAUAAGGUUUGGAAUUUCAAUUUGUCAGAGAAAUGUUUUAAAGUGUGUUUUAAAGUACUGGCAUUAUUAAGUGUUUUUUUGUUUUUUUGUUUUUUUGUGAUCCUUGUGGCCAAAGGUCAAGUUGUAUUAGUUUCCCUGGCGAAUUUACUUGUCAUCCUCCGAGGUAUUUCUGAGCACGCUUUGUGUAAAAUAUGUACACUUGUUCCACAGAAGAGACACUGGGACACUGUGACAACUCCGUGGAUUUCCUUCCUUCCUUCUGAUAUUUUACGCGUCAGAGAAAAACGGUGGAUUGUCUGACCAAAGAUGAACACCAUCGUCUUUAACAAGUUGAGCAGCCAGGUUCUGUUUGAGGAGAAAGCGAAGGAGGUGGAAAUGAGCAGCAGAAAUUAUCUAGAAGUGAUCGACGGACAGCAUCCAGACCUCCUCUCCAGCAACCAGACCAUCAGAGACAACCAGGCGAUCAGACACCGGCGGAGCGGGGGUCGUCCCAGUGGUGGUAAAGUCCGACACAAACGUCAGGCCCUGCAGGACAUGGCGCGGCCGCUCAAGCAGUGGCUCUACAAGCACAGGGACAAUCCCUACCCCACCAAGACAGAGAAAAUCCUCCUGGCACUCGGCUCCCAAAUGACGCUGGUUCAGGUGUCCAACUGGUUCGCCAAUGCCAGGAGGCGACUGAAGAACACAGUGAGGCAGCCGGACCUGAGCUGGGCACUCAGGAUCAAGCUGUACAACAAAUAUGUUCAGGGGAAUGCAGAGAGGCUGAGCGUUAGCAGCGAUGACAGCUGCUCAGAAGAUGGGGACAACCCUCAGAGGACACAGAGUAGCCCCGAGGAGCUCAACAAGCCCAUGUACCAGAGUGUGAUCAAGAAGGAGGGCUCCUCCAUGGUGGGGAUGGCCAUGGGCAUGGGCAUGGGCAUGAGCAUGGGUAUGGGCGCGGGGCUGCGUUCGGCCGCCGAAGCCGCCUCACUGGCGGAGGACUACGUGUCUCCACCCAAGUACAAGAGCAGCCUGCUGCACCGUUACCUGAACGACUCGCUGCGCCACGUCAUGGUGGCCAACGCCGUCAUGGACGCUCGAAAGAGAAACCACUCCGGCUCUUUCAGCUCCAACGAGUAUGACGAUGAGCUGCUCUCGCCGUCCUCCUCUGAGGCUGAGGCGAACUUUGUUUAUCGGGCUGAAACCACAGAGCAUGGAUCAAGUAAAUGUGACAGCUCGCUCAUCAGCAGCAGCGGUGGCCCCAGAGCCACACAGAAAGAAAAGGCGAAAGGCAAAGACGAGACAUACUGGAAGGAGAUCAACGCCGCCAUGGCCUUGACCAACCUGGCACAGGGGAAGGACAGUGCCUCCGGGACCACCAGCUGCAUUAUCCAGAAGUCCUCUCAUAUAGCAGAGAUCAAGACUGUCAAAGUGCCGCUGGUGCAGAAAUAUUAGCCUGGACGUCGUCCUCCCGUCCCCUCUAUGCAAACCAGCAAACAUUCCUGUUUCAGCAAACUCACCAGAGUCCAAAUAAACUCCCCCCUCCCCACCCCAAAAUGAAAAGAACUGUUGUUUAGGGAGGGUGGUCGUGGGGUGGGGGUAUUUGAAGUCAGGAAGUGUGAGGCAGAAAAAGAACUUUCAUUCUUUUUGGUUGUUAUUGAUGUCUGAAAAAAAAGGUUCAUAAGAGGCCUUGGCUAUCUUCUCUUUUGCGAGUACUAGUUUUAGCAGCAGUAUUUCCUUAAAAAAAAAAAAGAAAAAAACUUUUGUAAUGUUAACUUAUUUUUUUUCAUGUUUUAUUUUUUAUUUCUUCUUUUUUUAACGCUACAAAUUGAGUCUUUUUGCCAAAGUGCCUUUGUUGUUUAGACAAAUAACUCACUGACUGUGGUCGAUGUGGAGCACAGAUACUGACGUGCCUCUGGAACACUUUUUUAGGGUCCCAGUCAUGAUUCAGGAUUCAGGAUUCAAUUUGUGAAUGAAAAUUCCCAGCAACAGCAUGUGCCUUAAGGGCUGAGUGAGCUCAGCAAUCCGAGGCGCCGACGAACUCGAGUGGCACACACUUGUACGGGUGUGCACUGGGCUUGGGAAAAUGCCCGGUGUGAAUCCUCUGAAGGCAUUGUUCUUGUUUUGACUGGAGUCUUCAUUUUGACUGUAAACUGAACUCUGUCCCAGUCCCAGCCACGUCGAUGGCGGGCCAACAGCAACUGCUGGCUACGCAGAUAAGCAGCCAGCUCUCUCCUCCUUGUCCACAUCUCGGCCUUGGAUUUCAUUAACCAGCGAAGGAUUCCUUUCUUAUCGUGGCUUUUUACUUGCUCAAAUGUGCACAUGACACUCAGCUGGACCCAAAUGAAGACGCGGUGACAAAGAUAUACGCAUUAGAGGCGUGCUUUAAGGCUCAGUGGAGGAAUGCCAUGACCUAAAAGGGAUGUUUUUGCUUUGCAUUAUCAGUGUUUUAUGCGGACACUGUUGCCUUUUCACGUCUGCGCUCAGAACAAGAUGGUCUAGUAUGAGAAAAAAAAGCCACCGCCACGAGCACCCCCAGCCUUUUGAUCCUCAGCCCUCUCAGCUGUUUAGCAUUACAUUCUAAUUGCUGUUUACAAGGAGCCAGAGGACAGGCUUAAAAGUUUGACUUUCUUCCCCUUCGCUCCGUUUUUUUUACCCCUGACUUCAAAAAUACAUUUCAGUAUUAUCUUUUCGUCGGCCAAGCAAGUAUUUGUUAUUGUCCGUCUGUGUGUGUGUGUGUGUCUGUUUUGUUCUUGAUCAAAACUCAGUUUCUCUUAAGCAUCAAGCGCUUCUUCUGUCAUCCAAUGGAAAGAAUCUAGAAUGUACUAAUGUACGGUGCAUAUGUUAGAAACGUUUGGGGGGACCGAUGCCAACUUCACAAACAGGGGGAAUGAAAUUGAAGUCAAUGGGAGAAGUUGAAGUUGGCUCUCUGUGCUGACUUUUUAAUUUUAUGUAUAUCUUCAAGGUACUGUUUAUAUGUGUCAAAAUGUACACUCCUUCAGAAAUUGUGCAGUUUUCCUUCUUUUUUUUGACAAACCCAGACUGUGCAUCUGGUCAAGGACUUUGAGAGGGAGUGAAGCUGCACAAAGUAACUUUUUGACCUUUUUAUGUGUCUUGAAUGUGCAAACUGUUUAAAAAAAAAAAGCUGCACUUACAGUUUUCAGUGGAGGUGUUUUUACAUAAAAAUGAAUGGAAGUAAAGAGAAAUGAAGGACAACUCUAUGUUAUUCCUGUUAGUGUGACUAUGGAAGUAUUAUGGAAUGAAUCGCACUAGCCACUCCCCAGGCACUAUUUGCUUAUGCAGGUGGGGGGGCUCCCACAUGUGUUUUUUAUACACCUGAUCCAGGCAGGGUGGCUGCGGGGUACCAUCGGACCCGCUCCUUGUGUUUCUAAUCGCACUUCUGAACCUCUGGGCCGCUCGUGACCCUCACACCUCACACAAUACCCGCUUUCUGGGAAGAGGCAGAGCAAAAGGACGGAGGCUUCAGAGACAACAAAGAUGCCUUUGUUGUUCCUACCUGCCACCCCCCCAAAAGAAAACCCUACAAGUAUAAACAAAGCCAAGAGUUUUGGUACUGUAUAUGUCUUUCUCCAGCACAAACCAUGCUUUCACAACCAUGCUGACGAAUGGAAAGCAAGCAAACGUAUAUUAAAGCUUAUAAAUUAUUAUUUCUGACUUUGUCGAAACAAAGAAAGUGGUGACCAUAGUUUGGUUCUUUUAUUGUUAAGUUAUAUAAAUUGAAAUGUUAUGUUUAUUUGUUUGUUUGUUUUGAUAGAGACUGGAUUUUCAAUCCAAUGACCAAACACAUAUCUCCUCAUCUUGUCCGAUUUGCUCUCUUGUAAAAUAUCUUUUAUAAAAACAGUUGUUACUUGAUGAAAGCAAUGAAUAAACCUCUAAAUGAAAUCAAUGGGGUUUGGGGUUUGUUUUUGUUUGUUUUUUUUCAUGUUACUGGUUCACUAACGAACUUAAUACCAAGCAACAACUUCCACGGGUGAAAAUUAAGCCAAUGUGGAAGUUCCUGUAACCUUCCUCAUUUGGCCAAUUGAGGCCCUCUGUUUCGCAGACAGGUAUCUGUUUGUGCUGAUAGGGCGAUUAACUGUGAUAAAUAGAAGUGGAAUCACAAAUCUGCUGUUGUCUGCAUACACAACAAAAAUUGCACCAAAUGGAAUUUCACAUUAGCUUGCAGGUCAAGCCAGAAGCUCAUAGGUUUGAAAAGAAAACAAGAGUACAACCUUUUAAGUUGAGCCUCCUAUUGCAAAGAGAUGCAUGUUGUGCAAGCUGACUCUGACUGAUUGCAACCCGUUGGCAAUCUGUCCACAUUUUGAAAUUAGUUGGCAAUGAUUUGCAAACCUUAAACAAUCUGUCUGACAGUGAUUGCAGUCAGACUGUUGUUGUUUGGAGACAGGUCACUGUAACUACUUGCAAUCAGCUGCUGAAAGUAAAAACAAGUAAGAAGAAAUAAAACAAGAAACCAACAAUUUUUCCUAGUGGUAAGUAGGCUGCCAUUCUAUUUUCACUCUAGUGUGACUGAGCUGUGAUAUUACUUACAACUACGUGCAUCUGGCCUUGUUAACCAAGCUUCCUAGUGUUAACUGAUAACUUAGCACUCCACCCUCUGAUCCUUUAACACACCCCAAAAGACAAAAAGGCAAUUCUCUAAUCAAGGCUUUAAAACAGGCUAUUACAAGCUACAGGUGGUUAAGGUGGGUACAUGCAUAUACAAUUAAAGCUUAAAUGUUAAAAAAUUGCUAACAUGUUAAACUGUUAGCAAUAUCAGCAAUCACCGGAAGUCAUGCUUUCAUCGUAGAUGUAAAGAACAUUGGAGAGAAAUGUGCGAUCAAAUGUAGGGUUUCUACAUGUAAAAGAAAGAAGAAACACAAAAACAUAUAUAGCCUGUGUGGAACUGAGGAGAUUUGUAAUAAAUCUAUUUGGGUUUACAACAAUAAGCGAAACCUCUAAUAGUACGUUCAGUUACUUUAUUCAGUUAUAGUCCAGAUUUAAACACAAACUAAAGAAAUUUUACAUGGUAAGAGUAUUUAGAGAGAAUGAAAG